AUGAGGGCAUUUUCGUUUAAUUCGGGCAAAUCCAGCUUUCCGCCUUACAAAAAUUGGAGCCCGUACGCCUAUGAAAUAACGGGAGAUGAGGAUUCUGCCCCUCUACACCCUCUCGCCAUCAUUCUUGAUGACCUCAAAAGAAAGUCUUGGUCAAAAUCUGAAAUUCUGUAUCCAACAACUGAAGAUGUUUCAUUGCUAACUACGUUAAGAAAACAACUUCUACAAAUUCGACCAACUGUUCCUGCAAAUAAACACUUUGAAGAUUUGCCUGCUUUCACUCAAAUUGAUCACACAAGGGAGACAACUGCUGACGCCUUCACUUCUGCAGUUGAUGAAAAGUUGCCUCCAAUGUGUUCAUGGUGUCGAAGAAGAAAACCUGUUUGUCAGGAUGAACCUUCAACUUCUGACGAUGAUCAAAUGGAUACACAUUUAUCAGCUGGUAUUUUGACAAAAACGGAAUCUGAUAACAAUGAAAAGAUAACUCAAAUGAUGACACAUUCUCAACAUGUCUCCAGUAAAAAUAUUUCAUCAGAUGAAAAAAUUAACUUGAAAAAUGUGAAGAAAACUACAGAUCGAAUACUAGCGGACAGUAAAGAGUUGAAUUUUGGUACAGUCAUUGAACCCAACGGUAGUAAAAUUGAUGAUAAAAAAUGUUACUCAACUGAUAAUCGAACAGGACAAAGCGAAACCACUCCCUUUAGUCAUAGUAAAACUUCAAAGUCUGUUGAAGAAAGGGGAGAUAACCUGUUUCUGCGACUUUCAAACAAGGCCACAGGUUACUCUUCUGGAAAGUCUCGGCCAGAGAACAGCCAUGUUGGUUUUUUAAAGGGAAGCAACUCUGCAAGACUGUCGAAUAAUGAAAAACAGUCUGGUGUGAACAAACCUAGAAAAUCGAGCAACAGGCCUGAUGGCAAAGAAAAAGAUGAAAGACUCAAGUCAUGUCCAUUGUGUCAGAUGGAUUUUGACAAUGGAAUGUCUCAACUUGAUCUAGAUGGACACAUUGCUGCUUGCCUGGCCUCAGCAGAAGAUGACAUCAUUUGGUGACCUUGACCUACCACGAAAUUUAUGCACAUUAAGAGAUUAUCAGUUGUUUGGUGUAAUCCAUGAGGCCCUUGAUCACAGUAAAUUAAUGUGUUUUGAUGUCAUUCUUUCCUUUUUGAGAUCCACCAAUCACUGGCUUAUCUGCGGGUGGGGGACUCCCCCAACCACAUCUUUUAUACCAUAUAGCAUAACUUCUAGACAGUGUGGGUCUAAAAAUCAAACCACAUUUAGAUAUACAAAAUUAUGUUUAAUUAAUUAUGGGCUGUUCCUGAAUUGAUCAUUUGAGGGAGGGGGGCUGGAUGUAGCCCAGUGGUAAAGUGCUCGCUUGAUGCGCAGUCGGUCUGGAAUUGAUCCCCAUAGGUGAGCCCAUUGGACUAUUCUCACUCCAUCCAGUGCACCAC